AUGCCUCAGGAAGCGAAAGCAACAGCCGAUGACACCUCGCCGCCGCGCAAGGCAUCUCCCGAGCCUCUCGGUGUGCAGAAGCCUGGUUUCUUCUCAACGCGACGAAUCCUUGGACCAGUCGACAAGGAAUAUGGAGAUGUUGCACUUUUGGUGCAUUCUUUUGUUACUGGUCUGGUCGAUGCAGCAUCGUUCGCCAACUGGGGUGUUUUCGUUGGAAUGCAAACUGGCAACACUGUCAUUCUAGGUCUCUCUACCGCUGGCCUUCCGGAUAACCCCCACGCCUGGACCACAACCCUUGUCUCUCUAGCCUCCUUCCUCCUCGGCGCCUUCCUCACCUUCCGCACCACCAGCCUCGUAGCACCCAAAGGCGUAACCAGCAACCGCCUCUGGCUAAGCACAAUCCUCCUCAUCCAAGCCCUCCUCAUCAUCAUCUCCGCCGCCAUCGUCAGCGCCAACCUUGUCCCCCACAACCGCACCGGCUACCCCGACGACGAACACAAACGCGGUGUCAUCAACAACAUUCUCAUCGUCAGCCUUUUCCCCCCUCUCGGUUUCCAAUCUGGAAUGCAAAUCGCCACGUCGAGGCUUUUGGGCUAUAAUGAGUUGCCUGUUAAUGUGCUUACGAGUACUUAUUGCGAUUUGAUGGGGGAUGCUGAGUUGUUUGCUUUGCAUAACGUCAAGAGAAAUCGUAGGGCUAUUGCUGUGGUACUGUUGUUUGUGGGUGCUAUCAUCAGUGGCUGGCUUUUGCGCAGUUCCGGUGGUUUGCAGAGUGUGCUUUGGCUUGCUGGUGGUAUUAAGUUGUUGGUUGCUUUGUUCACGUUUACUUUCCAUCCUGCAAAGAUUGAUUGA